UCGGCGCCCAUUUUCACGCCCAAGGCCAAGCUCCGCGCGCCGGGGACGCGCCUGGCGCCCUGUUCCUAGGCGCUCUCUUCCACAGCUACUUUGCAAGCCCCCGCGCGCGCCGGAACCCCGGAAGAGCCGGACUCCCCUUAGGAGCUAUCUCCCGAAACAUGACCUAGAGGCGCCAGCGCGGGCAGGUGGCCGCGGCAGCCGCGCCAGGCGCGCCAGCCACCAUGAAUAAGGCAGCUGGCGGGGACGAGCUCACAGAACUCUUCGGUCAGGUCCCGGACCUUCUGCAGGCGGCUAACUUCAGCGGCAACGCGUCGCUGCAGCUCCAGGACUUGUGGUGGGAGCUGGGGCUGGAGUUGCCGGACGGCGCGGCGCCGGGGCACCCCCCGAGCGGCGGCGGGGCGGAGAGCGCGGACCCCGAGGCCCGGGUGCGCAUCCUCGUCAGCGUGGUGUACUGGGUGGUUUGCGCCCUGGGGCUGACCGGCAACCUGCUGGUGCUCUAUCUGAUGAAGAGCAAGCAGGGCUGGCGCAAGUCCUCCAUCAACCUCUUCGUCACCAACCUGGCGCUGACGGACUUCCAGUUCGUGCUCACUCUGCCCUUCUGGGCCGUGGAAAACGCCCUUGACUUCAAAUGGCCCUUCGGCAAGGCCAUGUGUAAGAUCGUAUCCAUAGUGACGUCCAUGAACAUGUAUGCCAGCGUUUUCUUUCUCACCUCCAUGAGCGUGGCGCGCUACCACUCGGUGGCCUCGGCUCUUAAGAGCCACCGGACCCGAGGGUACGGCCGGGGCGACUGCUGCGGCCAGAGCCUGGGGGACAGCUGCUGCUUCUCCGUCAAAGCACUGUGCGCGAUGAUCUGGGCCUCCGCCGCGCUGGCCUCGCUGCCCAACGCCGUCUUCUCCACCACGGUCAAGGUGAUGGGGGAGGAGCUGUGCCUGGUGCGCUUCCCCGACAGGUUGCUGGGCCGCGACAGGCAGUUCUGGCUGGGCCUCUACCACUUGCAGAAGGUGCUGCUGGGCUUCGUGCUGCCGCUAGGCAUCAUCAGCCUGUGCUACCUGCUGCUGGUGCGCUUCAUCUCCGACCACCGCGUGGCAGGGACCGAAGGAGGAGCCUCAGCGGCCGGGGGAGGCCUGGCCGGAGCCAGCGCUCGGAGACGCUCCAAGGUCACCAAAUCAGUGACCAUCGUGGUCCUGUCCUUCUUCUUGUGUUGGCUGCCCAACCAGGCGCUCACCACCUGGAGCAUCCUCAUCAAGUUCAACGCGGUGCCCUUCAGCCAAGAGUACUUCCUGUGCCAGGUGUACGCGUUCCCCGUGAGCGUGUGCCUGGCGCACUCCAACAGCUGUCUCAAUCCCAUCCUCUACUGCCUCGUCCGCCGCGAGUUCCGCAAAGCGCUCAAGAACCUACUGUGGCGCAUCGCGUCGCCUUCUCUCACCAGCAUGCGCCCUUUCACCGCCACCACCAAGCCUGAGCCGGAGGACCAGGGACUGCAGGCCCUGGCGCCUCUCCGCCAAGCCGCGGAGCCCGACCUGCUCUACUGCCCGCCUGGCGUGGUGGUCUACAGCGGCGGGCGCUACGACCUGCUGCCCAGCAGCUGGGUCUACUGACGCGGGCCGAAGUCCAGGGUGCGCGCAAACUGCAAAGCUGUUUUUCCUGGAGGGAAAAGAGCAGAGCGGGUGAAGGGAUGCGAGGGGGACCUCCGGAUCGAGAGUUUAGGAGGGAGGAGGAUGGAGAGGAGCACAAAGGAGCAGCCUAAGAAGAGGUUGGGGACCUCCUCCGGAGAGGGGAGGCUGCGAACGCAGGUGGAGAGACAAGCUGGCAAAGGGGCCGAGCUCAGCCUUACAGGCCCAAGCCAUCAGCCUCCGUUCCCCUUCUCUCUACACGCACUCCCUUCCUCCUCUUAGGCUACGUAGUGUAGGCUGGGCAGUGUAGGGCGCCCAGAAGGAGGAGAAAGGCAUCCGGAAUGUAGAGUAAUUCGGGGGCGAGGAAGUGGCCUCAGCCAAAUGGUGCGCAGACAGUUGAGCACAUGUAUUUCAGAAACUUUUUUUUUGGCAGCUCUUGAAAAACUCCUCAAGGUGCACGCAGCCGGGGGAGCCACCCUCAAAGCCUUUGCGCCCUGGUUCUGGGACAGCCGGGGUGCGAAGGUCUGAUCUGCUGCUUGGCUGCGGGCAGGCCUAAAGUAUGGGACCCGGAAACUUUUUCGGAGUUGAAAGAAAGAAGCGACAACCUUGUUCCGCCCGCAGGAGCAAUGCACCAAGAAAGAGCCACCUCCCAUGAGGCGUAUGCUUUAUCUUUUGGGUCGCGGAGAGUGCGCACACCCGGAGCCGGACUGGAACUCUGCGCUGCUCAAGGGUCGCCGGAACCAAAACGCUCGCCUGUGCUAGAACAGCUCUUUGCCGGGGAGUGGCUUCCCUGCGAGAGCGAGCGGACUCAGUGAGAUUACAGAGGCUGAAGAGAGCGACUUCUUCAGGCUGCUGCUGC